CAAUAUAGAGAAUACACAGAAUAUGAGAAAAGAUAGAUCGUUUAGAAAUUUUGAACAAAGAAAUUGCAUGUUUUAUUUAGACAGAUCGAAAAGGAAAAGAUGGCUGAAGCAAAUGGAAACACUGAAGAUGUAAAUAAUAAUAAGGAAAUUGUAGAUGAUCAACAAAGGGAUUUAUUGGAUAUGGUAUUUACUUUGGAAAGUGAGAAACAGGCAUUGGUUGAAGAAUCGAGGAAACGUAUAGGUGCGCUGCGUAAAGAUUUGGAGGAAAGUCUAAGUGAAAAUGAAAAAUUAAAACGCAAAGUAACGCAAUUGGAGCAAUCUCUAAAACAGUCUGUUAUGCUAGGAGGCAAUGGUGCUGAAGGUCCAAAAUCUCGUCAAGAACAGGAUGAACACUUGCUUAAGUGCAAAUUGUUGCUCUUUGAGAAAACCAAAGAAAACAAACACCAAGAACAACAGAUAGGCACAUUGAAAAAUCAAGUGGAUGCAGUUAAAGAAGUGGUGCAGGUCACUAAAGAUAUGUUGAAUUUGAAAAAUGCUGAAUGUGAGCACAUGCAAACACGCCUGGAAAAAGCACAAUUAUGGAUAAAGGCUGAGAAGGAUAAAUGUGCUAUAAUUGAGAAAAAAUUAGAAAUUUCGAAGAAUGUAUACGAUAAGCUAAGAUCCGAAUAUGAUAUACAGUCUAAAAUUUUUAAGGAAUUAAAAGAAACAUAUGAACAAAAAAUUAGUAUACUUUCUAAUGCCCUGGAGCAAACAAAAAAUAAGUAAUGGAUCACAACAUAAAGCUAAGAUAUAUAAGGAACUUAAUUCGUUGUGGAGCUUUCAGUUUUAUUUAUGAAAUUAUAUUUUGUAUUUAAAUUAAUAUAUUUAAUGAUACAACAAUAUUUUAUGA